UAAUUAUUAUAAAUUUUACUUGAUAAUUUUUUAGUCAUGAGAGAAUAAAAAUAAUAAUCAGAUAAUGUUGUGAUGAUUGAGGCAAUAUUAACUGAUGAUAUUUUGUUGACAUUUGGAUAUGAAUUGCAAUGGAAAAACUGGAUACGGUAAUGACCGUAAAUUAGAACCACAAAUGGAUAAUAAAUCAAUAAUAACUUAUGCUGGUGAUGAAGCUUUAUUUUUAACAAUUAAAAAUAAUAUUUGUCAAGGAAUACCACUUGGUAGUGCUGAAUGGCGAAGAUCAUUUGGACGUCCAAUUAAAUUAGUUAAAUUAAAUCCAACAUUUGUGCCAUUUUCACAAAAUCAAUUACCAACAGAUAAAGAUUGGAAUUUAAUAAAACAACCAAUAUUUCAUAUUUAUUUUAGUGAAUGCUCAGAUUUAGAUGUUUACAAGUUGUCAUUAAAAGAUGACAUUGACAGUUGGUUAAAAACACUUGGACAAUAUAAUAUAAAUGAUUGGAUGAUUGUCAUUGUUGAAACAUUUGAUAUUAAAAAAACAAAUAAAUUAAUACCAAGAACAACAGUUAUUGAUAAAAUACGAAGUGAUUUUUCAUCAAAACAAAAUGAUCGUUGUUUGUCAGUUAUAAAUCCAAUAAAAUCAGAAUCAAAAUCAGCUGAAUCAUGGCGUAUACUAAUAAAUCGUAUUAGAUCAUUAAUAUUAUUAUCAUAUGAUAAAACAUUAUCGAAAUUUGAAGAAAUAAUAAGAGAACAACGUGAACGUCGUAAUCAAAAAAAUUGGAAUUUUUGUAAUUAUUUUAUAUUACAAGAAGAACUUGCAUUUGUACUUGAAAUGUUAGGUGUAUAUGAUGAAGCAUUAGUACAAUAUGAUGAACUUGAUGCAUUAUUUACACAAUUUAUAUUAAAUUCAGAUGUUGGUGAUUGUCCAGAAUGGUUAAAUACAUUUAAAAAACAAUUAAAUAAUUGGACUGGUGUUAAAUUAAAUAAUGGUGAUAAUAAAAAAAAUAAUUUACGUAAAUUAAUACCAGAAUAUAAAGCAUCAUUAUUAGAUUUUCGUAGUUAUUUAUUUAGUAGACAAUGUUUAAUGUUAUUAUUAUUAAAUAAACCAUGGGAAGUUGCAAAACGUUGUUUAUCAUUUGUAUAUAAUACAUUUAGUGAAUUACGUAUAUUAGAUAUUAAAAAACCACCAGGUUCAAUUGAAUGUUGGUCAUUUAUAUGUGCACUUGAAGUAUUACAAGUAUGUCAAUCAAGAUUAUCAAAUAAUGAUAAUGGACAACAAGUUGAUUUAUGUUCACAGCAUACUGCUGGUUUAUGGGCACUUGCUAGUGAUAAACUUGGACAACUUGGUAAAUUAUGUGGUUUAAUGCCUGGUAUGGAACCAACAAGUCAACAAUUACAUACUGUUGUUUAUCUUAUAUCUGGUAUGGGUGAUAAUGAUGAUGAUGAUAAUAAUAAUAGCAAUGAUAAUAAUAAAAUAACAACACCAACAGAUAAAUUAAAAAGUGCAUUAUCAUCAAAAGAUGUAUUUAGAAAACAAUAUCUUGAACAUGCUGAACUUGCUAUGGGCACAUAUAAACAUGUUGGUAGAAUAAGAUCAGCAAGAUUUAUUGGACGUGAGUUAGCUAAAUUUUAUAGUGAUCUUGGUGAAAAUCAAAAAGCAAUUGCAUUUUUAUUAGAUGCACUUAAUACAUAUAAUGAUGAAAAUUGGAAAGAUUUAGCAGCACAAACAAGACUUGAAUUGGCUGAAUGUUAUAAAAGAAUGGAUGACAUUGAACGUUAUACUAAAAUAUGUAGUGCAAUUGCAAGUUCACAUGUAUUACAUAUUACAAUACGUAGUACAUAUUUUGAUGAAAUGAAAGCUUACAUUGAAAUGUUAUCAACAAAAUAUAUUCAACGUCCAUUAUUAACUGAACUUGAAAAUUCAUUUAUCAUACAAAAUUUAGAAGUUAAUAUAUCUGAUAAAAUUAUAACAAAUUGUAUUGUCAGUAUAAAUGUUACAAUAAUAUCAUUAUUACCUCAAAAUGUACAUUGUAAUAAAGCAUCAAUUGCAACUGAAUUAAUGCAAAAUAAAACACAACAAAAUAAACGUAAAACUGGUAUGAAAAAUAAUAGUAAUAAUAGUGAACAAAAAAUUAAAAUUGCAUCAAAAUGGAAUAAUAAUAUUAAUAAUAAACAAAUGAUUGAUUCAUCAAUAAUACAAAUACCAUUUUUUUCAUAUUUUGAUUAUAAAGAAGAUAAAAAAUUAUGUUCAGCUGGUGUUAUUGAUAAAAAUCAAAAAAAAAUUGUAACAAGAACAGAUAGUUCCAAGCAUAGAAAACAAUCAGUUGAUGAUAGUAUUGAUUUUAGUCAAGCAUUAGUAUCAGAUAGUUUUUUAAUAAAACCUGGUAUUAAUAAUUUUACUGUUACUAAAAAUAAUGAUAAACCUGGUUAUUAUAAAAUAAACCAAUUGUCAUUGAUUGUUAAUGAAAAAUUAGAAUUUAGAUCAGCUAUUAUUUGUCCAAAAUUAUGCUAUGAAAUAGCAAAAACUCAACCAACGCUAACAAUAAAUAGUAGAGAUUUAGUUGCUGGUUUACCACAAGAUGCUGAAUUAAUAAUAUCAACUGGUAGUAUUUAUAUUGAUGAUAAAACAAUAUUAAAAAUAACAACAUCAAGAGGUUUAACUAUCAAAUUAGAUGAUGAUAAUAAUAAAAGUUUUACAAAUGAAAUUGAUGUUGUAUUAUCAUCAUGUGAACCAUUUAAUAUUGUAAAAAAAAAUAUUAAAAUAUUUGCUGAAUUACCACCAAAAAAAGAUUCAACAUCAAUGGAACAUAAAUUAAUAAUUCAUACACCAUGGUCAAAUGAAGAAAUUAAUUUAUCAUUACAUUUUUGUACACCAUUAAUGUCAUCAAUGAAACUCCAUACAGUUAAAGAAAGAAAAUUUAUACAAAUUAUUGUUACUGGUUUAACAAUACAAUUAUUACAAUUAACAGAACCACAAUUAAAAACAACAAGUUCAGUUGAUGUUAGUUUUAAAAAUUUAAAUCCAAUUGCUGGACAAAAAUUAGUUAUUGGUAAUAAUAUUAAAGUAUCAUUUAUGUGGGAAAUGGAAUUAGGAAAAGAUGAAAAAUCAACAAUACCAUUAAAAGUUGAUUAUAAAAUUAAAUAUUUUCCAAUUGAUAAUACUGAAGAUAUUGAUGAAUUUAUUAUUGAUGAUGAUCCAUUGCAUAUUAGUAAAUUAAAAAAAAUUGAAAAAUCAAGUUAUACAUAUCGUUGUAAUUUUGAUAUUGUUGAUUAUGUUACAAUGUUUAUGGUGUCAUCUAAAAUUGAAGCAAUUGGAGUUGGAGGUGAAUUUUGUCGUGCUGGAAGCAUGUGCCAUUUAUAUUUAACUGUUAUUAAAGUUUUAUCAAAUACUAAUUAUAAUCCACCACCUCAAUUAAUGUAUGAAGUAUUGGCUGAUCAAUCAAUGUGGGCUGUUUCUGGUAAAAGUGCUGCUGUUGUAUCAUUAGAUACACAAGAUAAACAAAGUGUUGUACUUGAUGUUAUGCCUUUAACAAGUGGAUACUUGCCACUUCCAGUUGUUAGAUUAUCUAGGUAUAUUCCAGCAAUUGAAUAUAAAAAUGACUUUUCUCGAAAAAGUGAAGCUGGCAGUGGACCCAGACUAGAACCAUUUAGUCCAGGACAAGUUUAUAAUGCCAGUAAAUCUCAACAAGUUCAUGUUCUACCUGCUGUAUCAUCUGAAUCGAACAAUUAA